UCGAUGGUUUCAAUCUCAGUUUCGAAAUAAGUGCCAUGAAGUUACCAAUCAUUUUAAAUUUCCUGUCAUGAAGUUGUUAAUCAUUUUACCGUUCUUGGCGCUCGCGAGUUCUUCUUGCCCAGGACUGCGGGUCGAGACACCCUUGGGUGGCGUUAUUGGUUCCUAUAAGAUCUCUCACUAUGGUAGGAAGUACAAGGCUUUCGAAGGUAUACCCUACGCGCAGCCUCCUCUGGGGAAACUUCGAUUCCAACCCCCCAAACCGGUCCAAAAAUGGACACAGGAUCUUCCAGCGACGAAAAAGGGCUCGGAGUGCACCCAGUACCACAUGCUUCAGAAAAAUGGAGAUAAGGUCUCAGGUUGCGAGGACUGUUUGUACUUGAACAUCUACGUACCGCCUAGAAACAACGAGGAGAUGUUGUUGCCAGUAAUGCUGUGGAUCCACGAUGGGGCGUUUCAAUAUGGCAGCGGAAAUAACGUGAACGAGAGGUUCUUGAUGGAUCGCGAUGUCGUGUUAGUCGCCAUCAAUUAUCGUUUGGGACCUUUCGGUUUCCUCAGUACGGGGGACCGUGUGGUACCUGGAAACAUGGGACUGAAGGACCAGACUGUGGCUUUGCGUUUCGUGUCGAACAACAUUAAAUAUUUCGGUGGCGAUCCUGAGAGCGUCACUAUUUUUGGCUUGAACGCAGGAGCUGCAAGCGUCCAGUAUCAUUAUUUGUCGCCUUUGAGCGCUGGACUCUUCCAACGUGGUUUGUCGAUAAGCGGUGUAGCUCUGGACCCCUGGCCCCAAACGGAGCGUGCUCCUGAGAAAGCCAAGAAGCUGGGCGCUUUGAUGGGGUGUCCCACGAAGAACUCAACUAAAAUGGUCUCCUGCUUACGAGAACGCCCACCGCGACUUAUCGCUCAGGCUGUUCACGAUUUCAUGGCCUGGCUGUACAAUCCCAUCACGCCAUUCGGGCCAGUCAUCGAGAAGCAAAAGUGUCCCCGUCCCUUCAUUCGCGAUUCUCCGAUCGAGAUCAUCAACAGAGGCGAGGCGCUAGACGUCCCGUGGAUCUCUGGCGUCGUCGCCGAGGAAGGAUUAUAUACCGCUGCAGAAUUCGUCGACAACAGGAAGCUACUGAAGGAAUUGAACGACGAUUGGGACAAGAUAGCGCCGUCUUUGUUGGACUUUAACGAUACCGUUUCGUUGAGUCAGCAGAAGAAUGUCUCGGAAAUGGCUCGAAAGCAUUACUUGGGAUCCAAAAGCAUCAAUAGCGUGACGGACAAGCACGUGGUGCAGAUGAUUGGCGAUCGGUUGUUUAAGGUCGAUUUUGAGAAAGCUGUUAGGCUCCAGGCGAAGAUCAACAGAAGUCCUGUGUGGACUUAUUAUUAUACGUACAGGGCGAAGUAUAGUCAAAGCGACGCGUUGAGCGGAAGUACCAAGGAUUUCGGUGUCUGCCAAGGCGACGACGUAGCGCUUAUCCUUGGUACGAAGAUGUCGAGCACCACGAGAGCUCUGGACGUGCACAUGCAGCAGUUUCUGCUGGACUUUUACACGUCCUACGCUAUCCAUGGAGAACCUAAGAUCAGUAGCGUUACGUGGAAGAAACUGGAUCCAGAUGAAAAGAAGUUCUAUUACUUGCACAUAAAAAAUCCGAAGGACGCGAAGAUGGCCAGCGCCAAUAACUUCGCGGAGAAGAAGUUUUGGGAAUCGAUCAAUUUCAACGAGAACAAGUUGCCCAAAUCGUAAAGCAGUGGGGUCAAUCUUAACACUAGAACUACCAACCUAGUCAGUUUUAUUCAAAUAGAAUGGAUAUUAUAUUGAUAGAUGGAAUUGCUCCUUUUUGCUUUUUAAUUUCAAAAACUUAGUAGUAUUCUGAACACCAAUACAUUGUCCUCGAUAGUUCAAGUGUUAAAUGGAACAACAGCUGUUAACCAGACAAGAAUUUAACGGUGCAAAAGAUGUAUAUACAUAUAUAAAAACUCUGACUCACCGA